UGAAUAUGCUAAUGAUUAUGUUGUGACCGUUAUAAAAAUGGUGAAAAGUGUUGAUGUGACAUGCUUAUAUUAAAUACUACAAAUAAAGUUGUUAUUUAGAAAUCUACUUGAUUGAAAACUAAUUACAGUGAAAUUAUAUAUGUAACGUAUUAGAGGUUAUAAUUAUUAUUUUUUUCAUAUCAAUUUUCAAUGAUGUCACGUGAGGCUACUAUUAAUUUUUUAACAUUGAAUUGUUGGGGUAUUCCAUAUGUUUCAAAAAAUAAAAAAAUUCGUAUGGAAGCAAUUGCUGAAAAGCUUUCUACUGAAGAAUAUGAUAUAAUAUCAUUACAAGAAGUUUGGUCUAUUGAUGACUUUCAAAUGAUUAAAACUAAAGUACAAGAAAAACUUCCAUAUUCGCAUUAUUUUCAUAGCGGUGUUCUAGGAUCUGGGGUUUGUAUCUUCUCUAAAUAUUGUAUUGAAGAUGUAAUGUUUCAUAGGUGGCCUUUAAAUGGCUAUUUUCACAAAAUACAUCAUGGUGAUUGGUUUGGUGGUAAAGGUGUUGGCCUUUGUAAGAUAAAAGUUGAGGAUAUCAAUGUCAAUAUUUAUGCUGCACAUUUACAUGCAGAAUAUAAUAAAGAACACGAUGAGUAUGCAUCACAUAGAGUUUUGCAAGCAUUUGAUACAGCACAAUUUAUUAGAAUGACAAGCGGUGGUUCAGAUGCUGUGAUAUUAGGUGGUGAUCUUAAUGCUGAGCCACAAGAUUUAGCUUAUAGAAUUAUAUGCGGCGUUGCUGGCUUAGCAGAUGCUUGCUCAAAUAACUUCAGUAAUAUUGGGACCAAUGAAUGUGCCAAAAAUAGUUAUACAAGUACAAGAAUUGCAAGAAAGUAUCCAGAAGGAAAACGCAUAGACCAUAUUUUAUAUUUAUGUUCGCCAAAUUUUAAGGUUAACGUAACAAAUUAUCAACAACCUUUUCCUGAAAGAGUACCUAAUAAAAAUUGUAGUUAUUCAGAUCAUGAGGCUAUUAUGGCAAGUUUGAAAUUAACAGAUGGCAUGUAUAAAAUUGAUAAUAUUGAUAUAAGAGAAUCCUUACAAGAAGCAAUUAGAAUAUGUGAAUCUGCCAUGAUAUCUGUACGUUAUCAGUGUUUCUGGUAUUUACUAGCUGUGUUUUUACUUAUUGUACCUAUAAUUUGGUCAAUGGGAUUAGAUUCUACUACUACAUCCAUAGGUAUAUGUAUAGGUCUUAAUAUAGGUCGCUUAGUUUUGACUGCAUUACUGUGUUAUGCUUUAUUUAUGAGUUUUAUAUGGAAUAGUGUAGAAAGGAAUGCUCUGAAAGCAGGUUGUUUAGCAAUGAAGAUUCAUUUAAUUCAAUUAACUAAUAGAUUAUCUAACUAAAACAUUUGCAUACAUUUUAUAUUUUUACUAAUUCAAAGGCUGUACUAAUGAUAUAAUCAAAGAAAAAUUAAUAUUAAUAUAAAAUAUAUUUUUAACAUAUAUAAGUACACCAAACACUUUUUGGACAAUAAAUAAAAGUAUACAUUUCUAAAUUACCAUUAUAUACCAUCUUAUAGUAUGUUUUAUAUGAUAACUGUCAUUUUUAUUAGACUAUUUGAUAAUAUAUCUUAUCUUUUUUAGACAUAUGAUAUAUUGCUGAGUUUUAAUUUCAUAUAUAUAAAAUUAAUAAUAAUAAUAAUUAAAUAAAUUGUGUGUCGCGCACGCGCGUGUGUAUGUGUGGUAAGAUAGUCUACUUUACUAAGAUUAAAUCAUCACAUAUAAUAAAUUUAGAUUGAGUAUAUUUAUCAGCCUUCGCUCUAUUUCACAUCAUAAUAAUCUUAUAAAUCUUAAUAUACUAUCAAUUAAGAAUAAAUUUUUGAUAUAUAUUUUUUAUACCAAUUAACCUUUAUCGGUCGUAAGUCACGUCUCGUGUGACAACAGUACUUUUUCGCUACGAUCGUACGUCACGUGGGAGAUGGACCUGUCGAAACUCACUUUUUGUGAAAUGCGGGCACGAUUGCAUUGUCAAUUAAGCAUCAGCAAUGGAGAAAUUGACAUCUCCGAUGAUAUAUCACUGCCUUUUGUAUUCAAUUUUUAAUAUAUUGAGUCCAAAAAUGAAUAAAGAAAAUUUUAUAAAUAUCAAUAGUGAUAGGGGCAAUGAAUGUUUUGAAAACAAUUCUCAAAAUGAUUUUGAUUCUAGUGAUGAGACUAGCAGUCGCAUUUUAUUACAUCCUAAGAAAAGAAAAGUUAUGUCUAUAAAAUAUUCAAGUGAAGAAGAAAAUGAUGUAGAAAUAGAAAAUGUUGAUAACUCGGACAAUAAUUGGAUUGAAAUCGAGAGUGAUGAUGAUGGUCUCCCUAGUAGGAUUUCUUUUACAAAUAUUAAUCGCCAAAUUUUUGGAAAUGUUUAGCAGCCUAUAGAUUAUUCCAAAAAAUUUAUUACUAAUAAACUGGUAACGGAAAUUAUAACGCAAACAUACUUAUAUGCAAACGAGCAAAUUACAAAGAAAGAAUUAUCUGCUAGAUCAGUUUGGCAAAAUUAGAAAAACAUCUUGUAUGAGGAAAUGCUUGCUUUUCUGGUAUGAUUUUGAAUACGGGUACAAUCAAUUUAAGUGAUAUAAAAAAUUAUUUCUCUAAAGACUUCACAUGCCAUUUUUGUUAUAGAUAAUGACUAUAAAUAUGCCAUUUUUUGCUAAGAUUUUUAAGGAACAUUUUUUUUCAAAUUUUUGGAAUGCUCCAUUUAUAUCAAAAUCUGAACAAUAAUAACUAUCCAAUAACAAGAUUUUCGAAAAUCAAAAACUUUCUGGACUAUAUUGAUUAAAAUAUAGACAAAACUUUGUUUCCAAAAAAGAAAUAUAUGUGGAUUAAGCUAUAGUAUCGUUCAAAGGAAGAUUCAGUCGUUUCACUUAUAGCUCCAAUAAACCAACUAAAUGAAUGGAAUAUGAAUGUAUGUUUUGGUAGAUUGAAAUACUGCAUAUGUGUAUUCAAUAUUGCUCUAUUUUGGAUCUGUUAAAUCGGUAUCUUUAAUUCAUUUCUACCUUCCUGUCAAUGCAAAGAUCGUUUUGUACAAUAGUCUACUCAAAUCAAUCUUUAAUUCCAAAAGGAUAUCAUCUUUAUGUUGAUACCACUGUUCCAUUGAAUGAAGAAUUGCUUAAAAUGAAAUGCUUUUUAAUGGGUACAAUAAGAAGUGAUAAAAAAUUUCUACCAAGAUAAAUAAUAAAAUCAACUUCUAAAAUUAA